AUGUUUCCGAAGUCUCAAACAAGUGAUUCUGGAUCAAACCGGUCACUUGUUGUAGAAUUUAAUCAAAGAAAGACUUCCUUUUUACAAUCACUGGAGACUAUACUCUCUGCAAUUUCAUCCGAUCAAUACGUUAAUCAAAUGUUUAGAGAUACUACAUCUUCUUUUUAUAUACCAGAUAGAGUUUGUGAACUAGUAUUUCAGUAUUUGUACGAUGAACGUGAAAAAUACAUUUUAUCUCUACAAGAUGAAAUAGCAGAAUUGAAAUCUCAAUUAAAACAAGCAGAUGCUUCAAAAAUUACAGAAUUAGGAGAAAAAUUACUUGAUGCAACUUCUAUUCAUGCCGAAAAGGAAGCUCAGCAACGUGGCUGCAUAAAAAUGUUAAAAGCACAAAUUUCAGAAUUACAAAAAAACUCUAUACCGCAAAUUGCAAUGUCAUUUUCUGCAGGCUCUGGUGCUAAAUCUCUUAAAGAUGACUGCAAAAUACUCAAACAAUUGAUUUUUAGUUAUGUAUCUCAAAUGCAAUCCGAUAUCCAUACAGCAAGAAUUGUUGCAACAGCAUUAAAAAGGGCAUGCGAUAAGAAAACAAGAAAAGUGAUCAGAAAACUACGCGAAUUAGCUGAAAUUCAUAUUCCUGAGUUACAAACUCAAAUUACUCAACAUGAAUCUACUGAACAACAGUUAAAAGAUUCAAUGAAAGAGAUGAGAGCCACUUCUCUUGAAAAAGAGAAAAGAUUUCAAGAAGAAAUUUUAAAACUCAAGGAUGAAAUUCGAUCACUUCAAGACAAUAAUAAGAUGCUCGAAGAACAAAAUAAGCUAUUAGAAGAAUCAGUGAAAGAUAUCCAUACAGAAAGUCAGAAUAUUUUAGAAAAUGAUAAUGAUACUAUAAAACUGAAUCAAGAACUUGCAGUAAAAGAUGCUCAACUUGAAGCAAAGGAUAUUGAGAUCUUAAAAUUACGAAAUGCUUUAUAUACAGAAAAUCAAAAAUUUACAACCGCAUAUUCUCAAACAGAAAACAGAGAUAGCCCAUUAGCAGAAGAAAUCAAGACACUUACACUUACUAUGAGCCAAUUAAAAGAUGAAAAUACUCGAAAUCAAGAAAAACUCAAGAAAUUCAAGGACGAUAAGCUGAAACUUAAGCAGGCAUUGCACCAAAACGAAUUAGAUCGUGUUAAAGAUGAAAAUAAGUAUAAACCGCAAAUAAAUGAUUUAAAUACGAAAAUUUCAAAUCUUCAGAAAGAACUUGAAAAUGCCAAAGAUACAAUCGAUGCAAAGCAAAAGAAGAUCAGUACUAUGUACGAGCGCAUGAAAGCACCACUUCUUGAACAAAAUCAAAAAAUUAAUCAAUUAGAAUCUUUAAUUGAUACAUUAAAUGCCAAAAAUGGCAAACAAAAAGACUCAAUCAAGCUACUUAAAGACAGAAUUUCACAGUUCCAAGAUAAUAAUUCGAAAUUACAAGCAAAAAUUGCAAAAUUAGAAGCAACCGCAAAGAUUCAUGAGAAUGAGAAGGAAACUUUGAACAGUAAGAUAGACUAUCUCAGUAAAGAAAACAAUAUCAAAGAAGACACCGUUAAAAAAGUUCAAGAUGCAAAUCAAUCUCUUAAAGAAUACAAAGAAACAGCAACAAAGCAGAUCACUGAUAAUACCCAAAAGUUCCAAGAGAUUCUGGAUGAAAAUCAAAGCUAUAGAGAGAAAAAUGCCGAAUUAUCCAGAAAAUUAUUAGAAUCUCAAAAGCAAAUUGAUGAUUUGAUUAACGGAUUCAAUGACAAGGACCAGCAAAUCAAAGGAAUCAAAGGCGAAGCAGGCACUGUGAAGCAAAAAAUCAAAGAAUUAUUGGAUGAAAACUCCAAACUCAAGAACAAGAUCUCAGAACUCGACCAAAGUCUCAAGAACUCGCAAACUGCACAGAAACAAACAACAUUGAAGACGCAGGAACAAUUAAAACAAAAUGAUUCACUUCAAAACAUUUUAGAAGACAAAAAUUCCGAAUUACUUUCAUUGAAAGAACUUAAUUCAACAAAUGAAAACCAGAUAAACAAACUCAAAACUAAACUUGAUAAUCUCCAAAAAGAAAAUGAUGAAUUAAAGGUUAGUUUACAAAAAGUGACAGAAAGAAAUGAUGAACUUGAAAAUACUACGAUUAAAAGUGACAAAGCCAAUGAUUUGAUACAAGAGAAUAUGACAUUAAAGAGUCAAAUGAAAGAUGCCAAGAACGAGAAUGCAAAAACAAUGAAUGAAAUGAAACAAAUACAGCUAGAAAAUGAAUUAUUAAAACAAAAUCAACAAAAUCUUGAAAAAGAAAUUAAAGAAAAUAUUCAAAAUAAUUUGGAUUUGCAGAACAAAUUAAAUAAAAUCGAAUGGGAUAAUAAGAUUGUAUCAGAUAAAUUAGCUAAAGAAAAAUCAUCAUUAGAACUUCAAAAUGAAAAUCUUCAAAAUCAAAAUAAAUUAUUGAAUGAAAAUCAUCAAAAAGUGACAGAAGAAAAUUUGGCAAUUUCACAAAAAUUGAAUGAUCUUAAUAACCUAAAUAAGAUGUGCCAAGAUGAAUUACAGAGUACUAGUUUAACACUACAAAGAAAAGAAAAAGAACUCGAAGAUCUCAAACAGAAGAUGGAAAAUUUGGAGAAAGAGUUUUAUGAUGUUAAAACUGAAAAAAUGUCAAUGGAAAACAAGAUUUUUGACUUGGAGAAAGAAAGUAAAAAUCAAAAUGACAACAUGAAUAAGAUAAUAGAAGACAAAGAUCUUCAAAUUAAAGAUCUCCGAACUAAAAAUGAAAAAUUGACAGAAGAAAAUUCGAAUCUUCAAAACAAAGAAAAAGAAAACAAAAACUUACAAAGUAGAAAUCAAAUUGUUGAAAAAGAAAACACAGAGUUAUCACAAAAGAUUAGUUCUCAAAAUGAAAGAAUCAAUGAAUUAGAAAACGCUGUUUCUACCCUUCAAAAUCAAAUUUUGGAAAAUGACGAUAAAUCUCAAAAAGUGACAGAACAAACCGCCAAAGAUUUGAUUGCUGCAAAUUCAUCACUUAAACAGAUGACUUAUCAAAACGAGCUUCUUCAAAGGAAACAAAAUGAAAUGGAAAAUGAUUUAGAUGAGAAGUCAUCAAGAAUCAAAGAUCUCGAGGAUGAAAAUGAUGAUUUACAAAAAGAAAUUCUUGAAUUACAAAAUGAAAACAGAAAAAUUUCAUCAAAUUACGAGAAAAUCUCCAAAGAAAAUAAUCGUAUUGAAAUGGAGAUGAAACAGAUCAAAGAUGAAAAUGAAUCUAAUAAACAAAAAUUAGUAGAUAACACUAAAAAGCAUGAAGAGGAAAAAAUGAAUUUAAUAAAUAACGCAAAAAGUGACAAAUCUAAAAUUGACGGUUUGACAAAAGAUAUUUCCAUGUUAAAUUCUAACAUUAAGCUUCUACAAGAUGAGAACUCUAAACUUGAUAAUGAGAAUUCACAAUUAGAAAAUGAAAUAAAGAAGUUAACAGAAGACUUACAAAAACAAAAUGAAAAAAUUAAUGAUAAUCAAAAUUUGUUGCAAAAUGUAACAAAUGAAAACAAGAAGCUCAAAGACAAGAAUGAACUUCUUUUUAAAGAAAAUGAACAAAUUAAGAAUUUAAUGCAAGACAAAAUCAAUGAAAACAACUCUCUCAAAGAAAAGCAAAUUGAAAUGGAAAAUGAUUUAAACACUGAAAAACUAAACAAUGAAAGAUUGGUCGGAAGAUUGAAAGAAAUAGAAAAUCAUAACAAAUCAAAGAAAGAUAAUACUGCUAAAGAAAAUGCAAAGUUAACACAAAACAACAAAGCUUUGGCAAAUGAAAACUUCGAGUUGAAACAGAAAGUUGCAAAUUUGGAUCAAGAAUUAUCAGAUGUCAAAAAUAAAUUUGAUAAAAUGUCAUCUCAAAUUUCUGAGUCAGAAAAAGAAGUUCAACAAAAUGCUGCUGAGUUUAGACAAAUUAAAGCAAAGAAUGAAAGUCUUAACAAAGAAGUCCAAUUUUUGAACGAUUUAGUUACAAAUCUGAAACAACAAAAUGAUGAUUUGAGGAAUAAGAAAGAAGAAUUAAAUACAACUUUCAGUGAAGAUAUUGAUAACAUAUCAAAUGAACUUCGAGAAAUCAAAACACAAAAUGAAUUCCUGAGAAAAGAAAAUGAAGAAAUGAAGAAUCAAAGUCAAUUAACAAAAGCAGAUAAUGACAAGUUGAAAGAAGAAAAUCAAAACCAAAAGGAGAUAAACACAAAGUCAUUGAUGAAAAUAAAUGAAUUAGAAAAGCUAAACAAACAAAUCAAUGAUGAAAUGGCUAAAAUCCAAAAUAAUUUACAAAACUUGACACAAGAAAAAGAAGAAAAUGAUUCGAAACAGGAUGAAAUCAUCAAAGAAUAUGAACAAGAAAAUGAAACUCUCAGAUCUGAGAACCAAAACUUUGAAACCAAAAUCAAAGUAUUGGAAAAAGAAAAUAAACUUAAUGUUUUCUCAUUGCAAAAAGUUACAAAAGAAAAAGAAGAUUUAGCUGAGAAACUAAAGAAUCAAAAAGAAGUCAAUGAAACAUUAGAAAAGGCUAAAGAAGACUUAGAAACAGAAAAUAAUAAUUUGAAGCUAAAUGAAGAUAAAAUUAAGCAGAUUUUGUCAGAAAAUGAAAAUCUCAAACAGAAAUUAAAUGAUUUACAAAAAGAAAAUAAUGAUUUGGUUAAUGAAUCAAAUGAUAUCAAGCAAAAACAAAAAGAAGAAAUGGAGAGUUCCAAAGAAAACCAAAAUCAAAAAGAGAAACUUGAAAAUGAUCUUAAUGAUUUGCAAAAGAACUUUGAUGAACUUCAAAAAUCUUAUUCUGAUCUUUUGGAGAAAUAUAAGGCUGAAAAUGAUCAAAAAGAAAGUCAAUUUAACAAUGUGAAUUCCAAUCUCAAGCAAAGCAAUUAUCAAAAUGAUUUAUUACAAAGGAAAUUGAAAGAUUUGGAGGAAGAAAUGAAAAACGAUAAAGAGAAAAUUGACACUUUACAAAACCGAAAUGAAGAAUUGGAAAAUUUGUUUGGAAACAUGAAAAUAGAAAAUUCUUCAGCUUUGGCAAACUCUGACAAGUUGACAAAGGAAAAUGAAGCUCUUAAAUCAGAGAAUCUUUCAUUGAAACAAACCAACAAUGAAAUUACAACUAAAAACAAAGAAUUAUCUAUUGAACUCGAAAAAAUCAAACAAAACUUGGAAGAAAAUCAAAAUUCUUAUGAAAAUGUUUUCAAAGAGAAGAGUGAUAUCAAAGAGAAACUUGAUCAACUCAUUCAAGAAACCAAUGAUCAGAAAGCAGCUAAUAAAAACUUGUUAAAAGAAAAAGAAACAUUAGAAGAAACUCAAAAACAAAAUCAAAAAGAAAUAGAAAAUUUGAUACAAAAAGUGACAAAACUCAAAGCUAAAAAUGACUUUUUGAAGGAAAAUAUCACUGAAAGUAAGAGUAAAUUACAAGGAGAAAUCAUCAAACUGAAAGAAGACUUAGCUACUAUGACUCAAAAAUCAAAUGAAGAAAAACAAGCACAAGAAAACGAAUUAUCAAAUCUGAAAAUUGAACAUGAGCAUUUGAUAAAUAACUUUGAUUUAUUAACAAAAGGAAAUGAAAAUCUUAAACAAAAGAUAGGAAAUUUGACUCAAGAAAAUAUGGAAAGCAAGAAAGAAAUUGCACAAAUUUUGUUGGAAAAAACAACUUUGCAGAAUCAAAAUGAUUCAUUGCAAAAUGAAAUAGAGAAUUUAGAGAAAACUAUUGAAAAGCAGAAACAAGAUUCUGUUGAAAUCAAGUCUAAGUUCGAUCAAAUGUUAUCAGAAAUGAAGAAUAAAAUGGAGAAAAAUAAAGCAGAAAAUGAUGAAAAAUUGCAAAAAGUUGAAGAAGAAAAAUCAAACUUGCAAAAAGAAAACGAAGAAAUAAGAGAGAAGAUCAAUAAAUUACAAGAAGAAAAUGAUGAAAUGAAGGAGAAUUUCAACGAAAGCCAAAUAAUGAAUGAGAGUUUUGCAAAAGAAGAUAACGAGAAAUCUCUUUACAUUGAGAAGGUUUCGAAACAAAACGCAGAACUCCAAAAUGAUUUGAAACAAUUAACAAAAGAAAACAAAAAUUUGGCUAAACAGAAUGAAAAUCUCAAGAAUUCAUUCGAGAAAUUGAAAUCUGAAACUGAUAUUUUGCAAAAGAACUUUGAUGAUUUGCAAACCAAAUUUAAUGAUUUGUUUGAUGAUAAUGAACAAAAAGCUUCCGAAUUAGAAGUCGUUAAAAGUGAAAAUUCCAAACAAUUUGCAAAGAUAAAUGAACAAAAACAACAACUUGAUAAUCUGAUAAAAGAAAAUUCAUCUCUGAAAGUAAGAAAUGAAUUAAUCGCUAAAAAUGAGCAAAAAGUGUCCGAAGAAAAUGAAAAUCUUAGGACAGAAAAUGAGAAAAUGAAGAAAGAAAUAAUAGAGUAUGACGAAAAAUCCCAGAUUUUGCAAAAUGAAAACAAAAAAUUGUCACUUUUGAACGAUAAUUUACAGAAAGAUUUGCAAAACAAAAUCACAGAAAAUGACAAUUUGAAGAACAUGAAUUCGAAUCUCAAAAACGACAAAACGAAUUUGGGUAACAAAUCGGAAAUAUUUGAGAAUCAAAUCAAGGAAAUUUCUGCUUCAUUAAACAAACUUAAAUCCGAAAAUGAAAGUUUGGAGAAAGAAAAAGAAAGUUUAACUGAAGAAAAUAAGAAACUCAAAAGUGAAAAUCAAAGUCAAUCUUCUGAAUUAGAAAAGGUUAAAUCCGAGAAUACUUCAAUGAAAAAUGAAGUUGAAAAGCUUGCAAAUGAGAAAUCAGAACUAAAUAAGAAGAUUUCUGAUCUACAAGAACAAAUUGAUAAACUUACAAAAGAAAAGAAUGAUUUAUCAAAGCAAAAUGAAGAACUCGUAAAAGGAAAUGAAACAGAAAAGGCUAAAAACGAAAAGUCAUCAGCUGAUUUGAAUGAUUUCAUGAAUGAAAACAAACAAAUUCUAGCUGAUAACAAUCGUAUGAAAGAAGAAAUCCAAAACCUCAAAUUAUCAGCAGAAAAGUGCCAGAAUGAAGUGAACAGAGUUCUGGAGGAACUUGGAAAAGUAGUCGAAAUCAAGAGUUUAUCUGAGAUUCCAAUUCUAUUUAUAGAAAAUAAAGAGAAAAUGGAAUCAACACUCAAACUCCUAGAUAACAUUAAAUCUUUGAUAAAAUGUGAAUCAAAUACAUCAAACAACGAAAUUCCUUUGAAGAUUCAGAACAUUUUGAAUGAUAGUGAUCAUUUUGCCAACAUUGUUGCAAAAAUCAAAAAAAUUUUGCCUGAAAUAACUUCAGUCGAUUCUCUUCCGAUCAAAGUCCAAAUAAUGAAAGACAAAUUAACCGAAUUUGAGGAGCUUAAUGAUAAAGCUUUGAAUGUUGCCAAUGCGAGAUCAAUUCAUGAAUUGCCGAAUCUAAUUUCGAAGUUGAAACAGAUUUCAUCGAAUUUCGAAGAUAGAGAAACAAAUAUUCAAUCUCUUCUCGAUUCAUAUUCCUUUGAUGAACUUCCUGCCGAACUAAGCCGUCUUUUGAAGGAGAAUACUGAUCAAAAAGCUCUUUUGAGGUCAAUUUCUUCAAUAAUUAAUAGUGAAAACAUUUUGGAGAGAUGUUCCGAACUAAUUGAAAUAGAACAAUCCAUGGAAAGACUAAAGAAAAUGUGCAGCGCAAUUUCUUCAGUUGACGACGAUAGAAAAAUUGAAGGAAUUUUGAUCGACCUCAAAAACAAAAUUGAUGAAAAAGAGAGAACAAUUCAAACAAGCGAAGCAUUGAUUCCUCCUUCUUUUGAAGGCGACUUACCUAAAAAGGUUUUGCAGAUGAAGAACAAAAUUAUCGAAUAUGAGCAGAAAAUUUCUCAGUUUGUAAACGCAAUUGGCGGCGGAGAUCCAAUCAGUUCUUCUAGAAAAAUACUGGAGAGUUUUAACAAUUCAAACUCUCUUUUGACCGAGGUUAUAAGAAUCCUCAAAUCUGAUCCUAAUAUUACAUUAACUUAUCCUUUCUCUCCUUCUUUCUCUGCUCAAAUAAUCGAAGACUGUCACAAUUUGAUCAGAAAAUUAGAGAAUUCUGUAAAAUCAAUUAAUACUGUUUUGAAUGAAUGCAAAGGAAAUGGAUACUCAGGUGAUGAUUUACAAGAAGCGGUUCACUAUUUAGUGAAUCAUCUUGUUGAAAUCGAAAGAAGGAAGUCUAUAGAAAAGCAUGUCAAUGAAAUAGGAGAAUUGCGAAAGAUUCAUUCGCAGGAAGUUUCAAUUUUAACCCAAAAUAAAGAGAAGACCAUGGAACAAGUAAAGAAAUGCAGAGAACAAAUCAUUGCUUUGGAAAAGCAAUUCCAAGCAAAGGAAGAUAAUUAUAUUAAUGACUUGGAAAACCUCAAAACUGAACAGUAUUCUUUAUCUGAUAAACUUAGAAAGCAACAACGAAUCAAAGAUGAGUUAAUCACUUUUGUUUCAGGGAAACCAGCAGACAUUGAAUUCUUGAGUGUUAAUUUAAGUGAUAUUGAAAAGAAAUCUAUUAAUCUCAAAAUUUAA